AUGUUCAAUCUCUCACUGGUGACAACAAGAAGUGGAGUUUGUUUACAUAUACCAGUUAGAGUCAAGUUCGGAAGUCGGAUAGCUUCCAUUAGCUGCGGUACAGAUUACACUUUGGCACUGACUGAAGAUGGAUCCAUCUACGCCUGGGGAGUUGGUAGCUAUGGCAAUCUGGGCACCGGUUUGAUCUGCGAUCAGUAUGAGCCCGCCCUGGUCCAGAUGCCGGAGAACGUGCCCUGCCGUCAAGUGGCCGCUGGCACCAAGCACUCCAUGGCACUCAGCACACAAGGUGACAUGUUCAGCUGGGGUCAUGGUGGACAUGGCCGCCUCGGGCACGGAGCCUGUGAUGCUGCUAUGCGCCCCACGAAGAUCUCAUUGAGCGAAGUGGCUGAAGGAUCCGAAGCGAAGUUCAAAUUUGUAGCUGUUGGCGAGGCACAUUCUGCAUCCAUCGACUCUCUGGGCCAAGUUUGGUGUUGGGGAGCUGGAUCUUUUGGUCGCUGUGGACAUGGAGAAGAAACAGAUUUUUUGGUUCCGCAAGUUGUGGCUUCGAUGAUUGGGAAGAGUUGUUCUCGGGUGGCCUUGGGCGUUUGUCACAGCCUGGCUUUGACGCGAGGCCGCAUUUGGAGUUGGGGUGGAUUUUUGUACACAGGACAUUGUGAGGAUGAUGAUAUCGAGACAGCUCGGGAAUUGGACGACGAGGAACUGAAAAAUCACAGCAUCGUGGAGAUCGCAGCAGGUCGAUUUCACACUUUGGCUUUGAGUAGCACAGGUUAA